AAAUACGAUGGUUCGACUCUCGGCAGAGUCUGGCCCAGACCACAAAUGCAGGUAAAACACAAAGAUUUGUAUACUUACGAUCUACAGCAAUUUAAAGUUAAGAUUACGCAUGGCACAUGCCCAUUACUGACUGCAGCUAUUAAUCGGUGCAUGUUCAAUAUAAAAAGACUUCAAAAGUUAAUAAAGAAGGGUGCCAACAAUUCGGAGAUAAAAACUGGUAACACCAAAAUUAAGGGACCGAUACAGAAACUACAAGUGGCGCUAACUAAUGAGUGCGAAGAGUAUCCACAGCUUGGUAUGGAAGAAGCCUACACCCUCACCGUAUCGGCAAAAUCCAGGCUAAAAAGCGCUUCAAUUUGGGGCAUCAUUAGAGGCCUAGAAACAUUUUCACAACUGUUUUUCCUAGCCGCUGACUACAGGCAAAUAUGCGUAUAUAAAACUGACAUCCACGACUACCCGCGUUAUUUGCACCGCGGUCUUUUAAUCGACACUUCAAGGCAUUAUCUUUCUCUGCCAUACAUUUUUUUGACAAUAAAAGCGUUGGCUAUCAAUAAAAUGAACGUAUUUCAUUGGCACAUGAAGAAUGAUCAAAGCUUGCCUUAUCAGAGGAAAGUUUCACCUAAAUUAAAUCAGAAAGGUGCAUUUAACUCAUCAUCGGUCUACACGAACAAAGACAUCUUAAAUGUAAUCAAAUACGCUCGAGAAAGGGGUGUUCGUGUCAUACCUGAAUACGUUCCAUCACACGCUCAUUCGUGGAGUCAUGCAUAUCCAAAUAUAACAGCAGAAUGCAAUAGAGAAAACCAAAGUAAUAUUACCUCGGGAACUAUGAACCCGAUCAACGAUACCACUUACAAACUGAUUGGACGUCUAUUUCAUAAAGUACAGACCUUGUUCAAGGACAAACAUUUUCAUCUCGGUGGGGCCGAAAUUGAUUUUCCCUGUUGGGAAUCCAAUCCUAUAAUAAAUAAAUACUUGAAAGACAACAACCUGAAAAGUCGUGAUCUUUUGGCAAAGUUUUAUCUAAAUAUUUCCUCACUGCUACGAAAUGAUACAGCACCUAUAGUUUGGCAAGAUGUUUUCGAUAACGGCGUGCCUUUAAACUUAGAUACUAUAGUGCAUGUGUGGAAAGAUGAUACUAAAGAUAUGUUGCGACCUAUGCUACAGGGAUACCAAGUACUGUAUUCAUCAAAAUGGUACUUGAACAAAUCGAACGAUUUCGAUGACUUCUACAGAACAGAUCUUCGAAAGAUGAUAACGAAUAUCACAAAUAAAGCUUGGAUUACCAAGCUUGUAAUCGGAGGAGAGGCUUGUAUGUGGAGAGAGAAGGUGGAUGAUAAACAUUUAAUGACUCAAGUGUGGCCUCGAACCUGCGCUGUAGCGGAAAGGCUUUGGAGCAAUGUGGAGUCUCACAAAUUGUCCAUAGUACCAGCAGGGGUAAAAUAUAGACUCAAUGAUCAUGUUUGUCAUAUGAUACGACGCGGGAUCCCCUUAAAUCCACUGGAAGGUUAUGGAACUUGUUUGCGUUAAAUUUACUUAUGUAUAUGCGUAAAUAUUGAUUUGUACAAUUUAUGAUUUAAAAUUUUAUGCAAAGUUUUUUUUAGAAAUGGACCAACUAAAAUAGUAUAAUAUUACGCUUGUUUAAUUAUAUACCUCAUUUUGUUCUUCGUUAUAAGUUUUAAUAACCUGGAAUGGAUUUGCUAGAUUAUAAGUAAUGUACAUUUUUAUUACACAUAAUGCGUUCCGUCACAACAGCGAUAAUAUAAUUUAUAUAACGAACUAGCUUGAGCCCGCGAAUUCGUUUAAGCAAAAUUAACUCAAUACCUGGCGGGUCAACUUUGCCUCUUCACGUAGUAUUGGUAUGGAAAGCAUUAAAAACAAUCUACUUAUAAAUCGAUAAAUCAUUUCCCCUCCCCUACAUCCUUUUUACGAGUACUUUUGAUAAAAACUUAUAAAGCGUGUUUGAAAGUACACCAAAUAUAUUUUAGCAAUC